AUGGUACUUGUCUACACAGAAUAUUCUAGGCCAAGGGCCUGGCGCAAGCGUUGGUUCGUCCUCCGGCGGGGACGCAUGAGUGGCAACCCUGAUGUCUUGGAGUACUACAGGAACAAGCACUCGAGCAAGCCCAUCCGGGUGAUAGACCUCAGCCAGUGUGCAGUGUGGAAGCAUGCGGGCCCUGGCUUUGUUCGGAAGGAAUUUCAGAAUAAUUUCGUGUUCAUUGUCAAGACCACUUUCCGUACGUUCUACCUGGUGGCUAAAACUGAGGAAGAAAUGCAGGUGUGGGUGCACAGCAUCAGUCAGGUCUGCAACCUUGGCCACCUGGAGGAGGGUGCAGCAGAUUCCAUGGAAAGCCUCUCUCACACGCCCUCCUCCCUCCAGCCAUCCUCUGCCAGCUUCCUUCAUACCGCCUGUGCUGCCGGCUCCUCCUUGCCAAGAGAUGACCCAAACACUCAUCCCAUAGUCACUGAGGAAACCAGAAGUGAGUCAGAGCUUCUCUUCCUUCCUGAUUAUCUGGUUUUGUCCAACUGUGAGACUGGAAGACUGCACCAUGCCAGUCUCCCCACCAGAUGUGACAGCUGGUCAAACUCAGAUCGCUCAUUGGAACAGGCUUCAUUUGAUGACGUUUUUGUUGACUGCCUGCAGCCAGUACCCUCCAGUCAUUUGGUUCACCCCUCACGCCAUGGAAAUGGGUCGCAGGAGGCGCCGUCCACUAGGCCUCAAGCUGCCCUGAUCUGGAGCAGAGACAUGAAUGGGCCAUUCAGGGACCACUUGUCUUCUUCACCGUUGCUGGAAACUUCCUUUAAUUCCACCAUUCAGGUAGAUAAAAACCAAGGUUGCUUGCCCAGUGGGGCAAAAGAGCUCGACAUUAUGUCCAAUACUCCACCUCCCCGCCCCCCUAAGCCAAGCUAUCUCUCCGAACGGCGCCAAGAGGAGUGGAGUGGGUGUGGCAGCAGCAAGAAGCCAGAAUGCACUCUGGUUCCACGAAGAAUCUCUCUCUCUGGUUUAGACAACAUGAGAACCUGGAAAGCUGAUGUUGAAGGCCAAUCCUUAAGAAACCGAGACAAGCGGCUUAGCUUAAAUUUGCCUUGCAGGUUCUCCCCGGUGUACCCCACAGCUUCAACCAGUGCUGAAGACAGCUAUGUGCCCAUGAGCCCCCAGGCUGCUGCCUCUGGACUCGACUGCAGCCCUGAUGAGUACAUCCCGAUGAUCUCAGGAAGCAUCUCAAGCCCACUUCCUGAGUUACCUGCUGACCUGGAGCCACCUCCAGUGAAUAGAGAUCUCAAGCCUCAGAGAAAAUCACGACCACCUCCCCUGGACCUGCGAAACCUCUCGACCAUCCGGGAACACACGUCUCUAGCCAGGACCCGCACCGUGCCUUGCCAUCGAACCAGCUUUCUCUCUCCAGAAAGAAAUGGUAUUAACUCUGCAAGAUUUUUUGCCAAUCCAGUCACCAGAGAAGAGGAGGAAAGCUACAUCCAAAUGGAGGAGCACCGAGCAGCCAACUCCCUGAGUACUGGUGCUCUUCCAUGGACAAAGAAAUUCAGCCUGGAUUAUUUGGCCCUGGACUUCAACUCAGCUUCACCAGCCCCCACACAGCAGAAACUUCUCCUUUCAGAAGAGCAAAGAGUGGACUAUGUCCAAGUGGAUGAGCAGAAGACCCAAGCUCUCCAGAGCACAAAGCAGGAGUGGACGGAUGAGAGGCAGUCCAAAGUGUGAGAGGUGUGGGCUUGGGCUAUGUGUGAAACGGGGAAGCUCGGGGCUCAGUUUGAGUUGUUUUCAUUUAAAACACACUGAUGGUCAACACAGGUCAAAACCAAGAGAAAAUAUGUAGUUUCCAGGCUCUUGGCAAGAACCUUCAGCAGAGAAGACCUGAUGAUGCACUGUAUGCAGAGAAGCAGGAA